GGCCACCAGUUCUUUAAUAUUUGUCCAAGAUUGACGAGAAUCUUCAAUUUUUGUCCAAAGCAUCUAACCAAGAAGGAAUGGAUAUUGAUAUAGAAGAUUCCUCGGCCCAAGAUGGCACUAUUAUGAGUCUACAUGGAAAGGGAAUUCAGUUGGUAGGAGAAGUAGCCUACAUUAAUGAUGGCUUAAGGCAAGUGCUAUCAUCUUUAACUUCCUCCAGUCAGCCACGACCCAUCAUACGUACCAGGGGAACAUCAUCACCAUCAGGUUAUUCGGGAAAUGCCAGAAGAGCAAUGUGUGCAUCACGUAAAGCAGCUGCAUCCAAUUUUGAGUUGAACAAUGAUGAUAAUGGUGCAAAAUCUAAAGCUGAAGAUGCCACAAUCUAUUUUUGUCUGCGUUCCGGAAUCUCUUACGACUCUGCAGAUGAAGCUCAAGAUAACUGGUUUUCUAUUCGAACAUGGCAUAUGCCUCUUAGUACAGACAGAUUCAUCCGUCCCAUCUUUAAGGAGCCAGGUCGAGCCGUUACCUAUCAUGAUACUCCUCCAAUUGCGGUAGGGCCUUAUAUCUUCAUCAUCCAUAAGGUAGAGAAGACCAACGAUGAAGAGAUGCCCUCGCGGUCUGUGUUUUAUCGCGAUACACGAAAUAAGAGCAAGGACGGAUGGAUGGAAGCUCCGCGCCUGCAUGGAGACACCAACGGUUACUAUUUCUUUCACGCCAAUGACAAGAUUUAUGGAUUGGGAAUCCUUGGCCGCUCAUAUUUCUGGGGUGGCUCAUAUGGUGAUCCAAAGGAUCUCUCAUUUGAUUUGAGGUGUCUUGAUUGCCGCCAUGAAUUGAACCAAGGCUGGCAGUCCAUAUAUUCCAAUAUUCCCAUUGAUAGUAUUGAACUCUCAAACCACUGCUCGAACCAAGUUCAGGCAUUCAAACUUGAGUAUGCAACUACUACUGAUUCGGCUACCGGUAAAACCAAGCACCAUGCUAGGCGUGCGUUGAUAUUUAUUACACUGGGGUGCUGGAUUUCCUAUGAUUUUGAACGCAAUGAAUUCAAUGUGUCUAAGAAGGUGCACCAAAUUUUCGAGGAGCUGUAUGACUGCGAAGCUGUGAGUCUUGGGGAUGUGUUUUACUGUUUGAUCAAGGAUGAGUGGCAAUGUGUUUUACCUCUUAUGGCCUACAUCAACCCUUUUUCUGCCGAUAAAGGGUACGAAACUCCAGUGCUUGGCGAAGGACGUCUCUGUAUUCUUUGGGCUGAGAUGCGCCCUCCCACCAAGCUUAUUUACUGUACCGUAUUUAAUGUGUGUGUGGAGGGUGAUGAUGAAAAGCCACACGCCGUAAAUGUUUCCACCAGGGUGUACAAGGCCAGGGGUGCUCGUGGGUACACUUUACAUGCUGUUGCUAUUAGCGGUAAGAUGAUAUCGCAGUUCAUGAAGAGGGAAUCCACACAACAACAGGCUGGAGGCUGGUUUGAGGGAAGCACUUCAAAAAUUGGAGAUGAAGGGAGAGGGAGAGAAGUAAACGAGGAGGAGGAGGAGGAGGAGAAGAAGAAGAAAGAGAAGAGGAAGAAGAAGAAGAAUAGAAGAGGAUAAGAAGAAAUAACAGAUGAUGACUGAGGCUCUCAGUUGCGAAGAGAAGAGAGGGAAUCGAACCAAAAAAAACUAAUCCAAAAAAUGAAAUUGGAAGAAUUUCUCUACAAUGAGAGUAGGCUGAUAUUAAUAUAAAAAAUUUAGAUAAGAUAAGAGUUGCUCCCACCAUCUCAUUUUUUUUAGUCUGUAUCAGUUUUAAUAUUUGACUAAAUUGUUUUCAAAUUG